GUUGUCCCUUCAAAAUCUCCUGGAAAGUAAACUUAAAACACAAUACCAAUCAGUACCAAGUUGUGAAAUAUUUAAAGCUACCAUGUCAGCAAACAUAGAAGUAGUUCCAUCCGUAGAUCAUCCAACGGAUGAGACUGACGAGUGCAAGUCCCUGGUCCUUUGGCGUCGUCCUGUGCAAACCUUGAACUAUGCAGGCCUAGAAGUCUGUCAGUUCCUUCUUUUCGCCUACAAAAAGCUAAUGAACAUGUGGCUGCUGGGCUUUUCGAUGUUUCUGGGGAUCAUAUGCUUCCUUCCAGGUCCUCACGCUGAUUAUGUGAUUUUAUGUAAGCAUCAUCUAGGAUUCGCAAUCUACUGGCUGUUCCUGGGAGUGCUGACAUCCGUGGGAUUUGGAGCUGGGUUGCACACCUUCCUGCUCUACCUGGGUCCCCACAUAGCCGCCGUAACCCUGGCCGUUCAAGAGUGUGGCACACUGAACUUUCCGGCGCCACCCUAUCCCGACAUGAAGAUUUGCCCUCCGCAGCCGUACCAGCAUCAGGAAUUUAAUGAAUGGGAUAUCCUGGCAAAGGUCCGACCGGAGGCACUGUUCUGGGGCUUGGGCACAGCCCUGGGAGAGUUACCUUCAUACUUUGUAGCGCGUAGUGCCCGUCUUUCUGGGAAGAAGGAGGAGUCGGAGUUGGUGGCAUGCGGAAGACCGGGUACUAGCCUCAGCCUGCUGGAGCGGGUAAAGCAAUCUAUAACAGAAAGGAUGGGUCGAGUGUCCUUUGUGGCCAUCCUACUCGCUGCAAGUGUACCCAAUCCUCUGUUUGACAUGACUGGCAUCACUUGUGGCCACUUUCUCGUGCCCUUUUGGAGGUUCUUUGUGGCCAUUUUGAUUGGCAAGACUUUGGUCAAGGCCACCAUACAGCAGGUGUGCGUCAUUGUGGCUUUCACUGAUGAUUUGGUCGACCAAAUGGCAAACUGGUUGGUAAAGGUGCCCUACCUAGGACCACCGUUGCAUAAGCUGAUCCGGGAGGUGCUGCGCUCCACCAAGCAGCAGAUGCAUGGAGGCGGCAAAUCAGAUUCCCAGGAUAUCUUUAAUAUUGUGGUUUGGGUCUUUGAGUUCUUGGCCCUUGUGAUGGUGUCCUCUUUUGUGAUUUCCUCGGUUAAUUGUCUGGCCCAAGUCCACUGCAGGAGGCAGCAGGAGGAGCGGCGCAAGAAGCGGGAAUUGGAGAUGAUCCUCUCAUUGGAGGACUUCUCUGUCUAAGUGGUUAUUAUGUUGAUGUUUUAGGAUUUCUUUUGAACAAAAUUAGCUUACCAUCGAUUCUUUACUCACUUUGUUUAGGAUACUUUAUUGAAAACCACAAUCAAGUUAACGUUUUAUAUUCUUUAUUUUA